GGAGGAGGACGACAAACCUCUAAAGAGCUUACUGUAAAUGGAAAGUUCUGUUGAAGUGGCGGGCAGUUGACAACAUGGAUUUCGACACACCGACAUUGAUUUAUGAUGAAGAGGAGUAUGGCCGAACGCCACCAAAUCAAAAAGCCAUAUUUAUCUACGAAUGGCUUAGAAAUCUGGAAGAUAACAUUACAACUGUCAAGAAGACAGAGGUAAAAAGUUGUCAACAGAAGCUUGAGGAACAACUCUCUAAACAUUUGACUAUAGUCCUUGGACCUCCAACAAGACAACUGCUCUCCAGAUGCUUUGCACUGUUAUACAGUAUUGGUAACACCACAACACUGUAUGAGACAGUCAACAAGUGUAGUGACACAGUCAAGUACAAGGAUGAUUCACAGUCCUACCUUCCCAUCAAACUGUCUGCAGUAACAUGCAUUGGUGCCAUUUACGAGAAGCUGGGACGAAUGGCUGGUGGAUCUUAUCAGGAAACUGUGCAGACUCUUAUUAAAGCCAUGAAAAAUGCAGAGUCUCAAGGACGCUGUGAAAUCAUGCUGAGUCUGCAGCGAGUUUUGAGUGGUCUCGGUAGCAAUGGAGCAGUAUUACACAGAGAUAUUUACAAAGCUGUCAAAGGAGCUUUAACAGACAGAAGCAUGUCAGUCAGAUGUGCAGCAGCAAAGUGCGCCCUGGAGUUAAUGAAGCAUGCCAACUUCCUGUACACCUCUGAACUAGAGGGUGUAAUAUCAACAUGUUUCAAAGCCUUGGAGGGUUCUAAUUAUGAUGUACGAGUCUGUGUGGCUCAACUGAUUGGCUCAUUAAUGGCCAUGACACAACAGACUCCUUCUGUGACAGCAGCAGCAGGCAAGAACAGGAAGACUUGCAGUCUGGAAGAAGUGUUUGCCUACAUGUCUGGAGGAUUCCUGCGGGGAGGAAUUGGAUUUUUGAAAGGGAGUGGGGGAGAAUUGUUGAAGAGUAUUGCUCCACGAGAAGUCAGAGUGGGAGUUACUCAGGCCUAUGUGAUAUUUUUCACUGAGAUGGGAGGCCUGUGGGUGCAGAGGAACAUCAGCUUGAUCUUGAAAAAUGUUCUCGAGCUUCUUUCCAGUCCUAAAGCCACACAAACUCAUGUAGAUGCAGUCUAUUCCAGGCGUUGUAUUUCCUUUAUUUUGCGGGCUGUGCUUGGACGGCAUCUUGGUGAACCAGCCCAGUUAGAUGCAGCAAAAGAACUGUGCAGCUUAAUAACGAAACAAAUGAAUAUGGUGAAUGAUGCUGUGCAUAGUGCAUCAGACGGCAGCAGCUCAGCCAGUGUUAUUCAGAAUACGGAUGAUGUGAUCAGCACACAACAUGUCCUUGUGUGUGCUCUGCAAGAACUGGGAUGCUUAGUUCAAGGGCUCAGUACCACAGCCAUGUCUCUCAUACAGGAGAACCUCUUGGAUCAUGUUCUGUCUGUGUUGCUGCACCCAGCUCCUGCUGCUCAACUGCUUGCCGCCUGGUGUCUGAGGUGCAUCACAGUUGCUGUUCCAUCACAGGCGACACCCCUCAUUGACCGGUGUAUCAAUCGUAUCAGUUCCCUCAAGUCAUCUGGGGAAGCAGUCGGAGGGUAUGCACACACUUUGGCCGCUCUUGUUGGAGGAAUUCAUAAGUGUCCUCUGGGCAUCCCUCAUGCCAAAGGAAAGGUUGUAUUUAACAUAGCAGAUGAGCUUCUAAAAACUGCUAAUCAGAAUCCAAGACUUGCUCUUCACAAAGCUAAAGCUGGAUGGAUCUUGUUGGGCGCAUUGAUGACCUUAGGCCCAUCAGUUGUCAAACAUCAUUUGCCACAGAUGCUUGCUCUGUGGACAAGUGCUUUUCCUAAGACAGUGAAGGAAUUUGAUCAAGAGAAGAACAGAGGUGAUGCAUACACUUGGCAUGUCACUCUGGAAUGCCGUGCAGGAGCCCUGUGUUCAAUGGCAAGUUUUUGUGCCAAUUGCUCUGCACUUCUAAGUGAUGAUCUCACUAGACGCCUGUUGGCCACUACAGAUGCAUGUUUAGCAAUGCUUCCAAGCUUACCUCAGAUCAUCAAGCAGCAUGGAAAUCACUUAAAAGCAAGUGCUGCCAUUGUGCGACUGAGAAUGUACUCAGUGCUGACCCUUCUCCCACCAAAAUCCUAUGAAGGAAGUUUCCAUUCUUUGUUUCGUAGCUUGGUUGCAGAGUUUACUUUGGCAGAAAAUCCUGCUAUGACAACUACAUCUCUGUUAAAAACUGUGUGCCAUAAAGAUGAUUCCAUUCUUCUUGGGUCGUGGCUUCAAGAAACAGACCACAAGUUUGUUGAGGAGCAGCUACAAACCAACAGUGCAUCAGGGUCAGGAUCUUUAGAGCAUGAUCCCUCUUGUAUAUUUGAACGCUGUCCAGAGGGAGAAGACAUCCCUGGUCCAUUACCUUUGGGUGUGGCUGUCAUUGAUGAAUCUAUUAAACUGUUUGGAACUGUGUUUCCAUUUGUGGCUCAAAAGCAUCGCAGUCAGUUAUUAUCUCAUUUUGCUGAGUGUAUUCGUCAAGCAAAGUCCUCGAGACAACAAGCAAUACAAACAAAUGUUUUGACAGCAUUUUUGUUUUCUUUAAAGGGUAUUGCUGAAGCAAAAACUGGUCUGGGUGAUGAAGAUGUAAGGACCACAGCUGUUAAUUUAGUUUUGAAUGCAAUAACAAAUUCAGACCCUAUUGUUCGCUGUGCUGCAGGAGAAGCCCUGGGACGCAUUGCACAAGCUGUUGGAAGCCCUGUUCUCACAUCAAACGUUACUCAGAAGAUCUUCGACCAAUUCAAGGCUGCAAGGGAUGCAGUGUCUAGAACAGGCUACUCUGUUGCCUUGGGCUGUAUCCAUCGUUAUGUCGGUGGAAUGGCUUCAGGACAUCAUCUUAACAGCAGCGUCAGUAUACUUCUGGCUUUAGCCAAUGAUAAUUCAUCAUCCUUGGUUCAGGUAUAUUUAAUUUGGUGUUUAGAAUUUGUAGUGUUGGUUUUUAGCAAGUGUGGGAAAGUGAAGAACAGGGAAGAAAAAACAGCUGAAGAAAGGAUUAGAGCCACUGUGCCACUCGUACUUCUUUAAGGCUCUUUCUCUCUUAUUAAUAGACAAGAUCCAUUGAAAUUAUUUUCAUUAAGUACAAGUUACAAACACUUGAUUUUAGGUACUUCAAAGUCCAUAAGAGAUCUGCGCUUGUCAUGCACAGUGUCCUGCGCCAUCAUGCAAAAUCAUUCAGAUUCCUUAGUACAGGCAGAAGCAAUUAACUGCCUUCAACAGCUUCAUGUGUUCGCCCCAAGUCAUAUCAACUUCGGGCUUGUGGUACGUAAACUCUGUGCCAACCUGUCAAGUCCUCACUUAUUGUUGCGGAGAGCCACAGUAGCCUGUUUACGUCAGCUAUCCCAACGAGAAGCAAAAGAAGUUUGUGAACAUGCAUCAGCUGCAGGAGAAGAACUUCAUAAGCAACAACAGUCAAGUUACGCUGUCAUCAUAGGAGACAAGGGCUUGGAAGGUGCACUGUUUGGUAUGUUGGACACAGAAACAGACUCGCGCAUGAGAUCUGAUAUUCAUGACACAUUGAACAGCAUGCUACAGACACUUGCAGCUCAAAACCUAACACAUUGGCUGGGACUCUGCAGGGAUGUGCUGUCUGCAUCCAAAAGCAGCAAGGUAGCAAAAGGACCAGAGGUUCAAAAGAGGGAUGAAGAACAAGAGGGCGAAGAGGCAGGCGAAGGUGACGCUGAUGAAGGCGGAGGAAUGACAGCAGGAGAAGCUCCUGAAGAAACACAUCCUAAAGUGGAUCCACGAUGGCCAACCAGAGUGUUUGCAACUGGAUGUAUCAAGAAAAUUAUUGUUGUCUGUCAAUCAAAACAGGGUCACUUUGAUUUGGUAGUAGCACGCACAUUGCGAGAGGAGACUGGAGAGGACUUUCUUGUUAUGCAUCUUCAAGAGCUUGUCCGAAUGGUGUUCAUUGCAGCCACUGCAACAUGCGAUCAUUUGAAGCUGGAGGGACUUAGCACUUUACAGGAUGUUGUCAACAUGUUUGCUUCAGUUCCCGAUCCUGAUUAUCCAGGGCAUGUUAUUCUGGAACAGUUUCAAGCUCAGGUUGGGGCCGCUUUGCGACCAGCAUUUGCCUCAGAUAUGCCAUCUGAUGUCACGGCCAUGGCAUGCGAGGUAAGAAGUGACACUUUAUCAUGUGAUACAGGUCCUAAGCUCUGUACUCCUCUUCUGUCACCUGUAUAUAUUGUUGCCAUGAAACAACAGGACAGCCCAUCACCGGUGAAUGCUGGAGAUGAUGAGUUUUCUGAACCAGUUGGGAGCCUCUUGGGGCUGGUGGAACCUGAGUUGAAAUCUCUCAGUAAGUACUGGCUGGGUGCACUGAGAGAUCAUGCACUUCUUUCUCUUCCUGCAGAAUAUGCAUCUCAGUUGCCUCCUCAGGGUGGAAUGUUCUACAGUCCUGACUCAAUGGAGCAAGCCAGGCCACAUUACCAAAGUUGUUGGCCCUCUAUUGUUCAUGCAGCCUCUUUGUGGCUAAACAAUGGUGGAUUUGAAAGCACUAAACAUGAUAUGGAACAAGGAAUACCAAAUGAGCCCAGAAACGCAAGCGCUAUCAAUAUGGUCACAACUGCCAAGACACCAACAGACAUCAACACAGAUUACUUUCAUUUACUGGUUGGAAUUUGCAUGGAAUCUUUGUGUUCAUCCAGAGCAACCCAACCCAACAGCACAGUGUCUGCUUGUCUAAAUGCAUUCUACAGCUUACUGGAUUCUCAGUGGCCACGCACCCUAAUAGGAAAUGAACAGAUCCUUGGUGUUGAAAUGUUAAGUGUAUUACACAGAGUACUGCUAACAAGGGACUCACUUGAUAUCCACUUGGCUGCUGUGAGAGUUGCAAGACAGAUUGUCAAAGCUGCUCAAGAAUCAUUAGAUGGGAAAAAAGCUGCAACUGCAGCUUCUGAGAGCAGCUCAAGUAUUAAUGAAGAAGGAGAAGAUGACUUAACACCAGGAAGAUCCUUAGUGUUUGGUGUAAUGGAGAUUAGUAUGUGCAUCCUCACAAAACAGCUUCCAAACCUUCUCCCUUCAUCUGCUGCAUCCAGCCAGCAGCCAGUCAUGCUUGUGUCUAUUGGAUCAGGGUUUAGAUCAUUGACAGAGGAGAGCUCCAAACUCGUAUCUGAAGUGCUAUCAAUCCUGCCAUUUGUCCCUGGGCUGUGUACACCAGAGGCUUCUGUUAAUGAUCUACCAAGUGUACUUUACCUUCUCACCUGUGCCCUGCGUGAGGUGGCUUCAAUUCAAGACUCCACCUCACAGAAAACAGUUUCUGCUGCAUUACAGUCUUUAAAACUGCUUACCACAUCUCCAUUUACACAGAACCCCAAAUGUUCCAAGGACUGGAUUGACUUGCUGCAAAGUGCUUUAGCCACUGUUCUGUCAGAUGCCAAAGCUAAAGAAGAAUUUGCAGCUUUUGGUGCAGUAUCUGAAUCACCUGUUAUGGAUGACUCAGUUGUUAUGCUUGCAUUAGCCAUCUUCAUUCUCUCUGCACCAAAAGAAGUAGUGUUGGCAUCAGACCUACAGCAACAGUGCAUUAAACUUUUUACCAGGUGUCUUAAAUCAACAAUGCAGAUUCAACUAAAAGCUCUACAGACAUUGGAGUCUGUCUUCCAGUGUAGAGAGCGCAGUGUUGCUUUUCCUUUCAUCAAUGCCUUAGCUCCUCACAUUGUGAUGAUUUUGAAUGAUAUGUGUGUUAAGAAGCCAAGCAGUGAGGAACAGGUGACAGUCACUUUAGCUGCCAUCGAGAUCCUGGUGAACUUGGUGGAACGGACAGAUGACCAUUUAAAGGUGCAUAUGCUAGGAUUGCUUGUACCAAUCCUUAUAUCAUUGCUGUCAGACAGUGCCAACCUGCCAAAAGGAGGGAAAACAACCAGGAACCUCCACGAUCAAGCUCUACAGAAACUCAUGAAAAUUGGACCCAAAUACCCUGGGCCUUUCCGUAGCAUCAUGAAUUCACAGCCUGAGUUAAAGUCACGUUUAGAAAGUGCAGUUAGAGCAAAUCAGGCAUCAGCCAAACCAAAGCAGCCAGCUGUCCAGGCUAAAGUGGCACCAGCACAGCCAUCCAUUAAGUUACGCAUGGACUUCAGUAACUUCAAAUAGCUGGCUUGUUGUUUAAUACAAUCAUUAGUUGAGUGUGGCAUGGAAAAAGUUUGGAUUGUCACAAACUGUCAAAUGUGAAAGCUGACCAAAUGUCAAGGGAAAACAGUGUCACUGGAAAAGUAGCUAGUUGCCCAUGACAGUAACACAGUUUUAACAUCAAAAUGUAGUUGUUAAAC